CUGUUAAGAUUAAAUACUUCCGACAUAAAGUUUACUAUAACCGGAAUUAUUUUUAAUAAUAUUACAAGUCUUUCUCUGGGUUUGUUAAAAGGUAUUGAGAAUACUGAUGCUAUCGCACUUCUAAGAUUGGAUGAAAAUGAAAGUCCACAGGAUACUGUCAAACGAG